CCCUCAUGGUCACCCACUUCAACAACUGACCGCUGCACGUACGCGACAGAUUGGCUAUACAGGCAACAUGGAGUCGAGUAUUUCCAAGCAACUGGUCGACAAGAUGUACGAGAAGCGGAAGGCGGCUGCUCUUGAACUUGAGAAGCAAAUCCGCGAAUGUCACCAACAAGGCGAUCAGCGACGCAUUAGCCAGAUCGUCGACCAACUCGUAGACAUGUUCAGCAAUCCGUCAAAUCCUCUGCACGUACGGAACGGUGGCCUCAUUGGUCUGGCUGGAACCGCCAUUGCUCUUGGAGUCGAUAUUGCACCCUAUAUGGAGAAGUUCGUCGAGUCUCUCUUGGCCUGUUUCUCGGAUCCCGAGAAUAGGGUGCGAUACUUCUCCGCGGAGUGUCUGUACAACAUUGCCAAGGUUUCCAAAGGCGAGAUUCUCGUAUACUUCAACCCGAUUUUUGAUGCUCUAAGCAAGCUUGCGGCAGAUCCGGAGCUAUCCGUGAAAAACGGCGCGGAAUUGCUGGACCGUCUUCUGAAGGACAUCGUUGCAGAGACGGCAUCCGUGUACAUUCCUCACUACCCAGAGACUGAGAAGGUUCGAAGGCAGGUGGAUGAAGCGCAUGGCGUGAGCAUCUUAGUGCCUCACCCUGAUGACAUUGCUAGUGGGGAGGACAUGCAAGGUGCACGUAAAGCAUUUUCUCUCGCGCUCUUUAUUCCUCUUCUGUCCGAGAGAAUUUACGUCCUAAGUCCCUUCACACGAAGCUAUCUUGUGUCGUGGAUCACAGUCCUUGACUCUGUUCCCGAGCUAGAACUCAUCACCUACUUACCAGAAUUCCUGGACGGCCUGCUGAAGUAUUUGUCAGACCCAGUGGAUGAUGUACGUAUGGCUACGGAGAACCUACUCGCCGACUUCUUGCACGAGAUCCGCGAUGUCACUGCCGUUCAGCGGCGCAAUGAGGAACAAUUGAAGGCUAAGCGGGAGGCUGCAGAGCAAUCGCGUCGUGCAGACCUCGAAAACGAGAGAUCGCCAGAACCUGUAGCGAUAAACGGGGACCGGGGAGUCUUCAUGCCAGAGAACGACAUCGCUGUAUUUGAUGAUGCAUCGUCGACGCCGCCUAUGGAAAAACAUCCCGACCAAGAAGGACGGGAGACUGGUCAUUGGAUACCCGGCCAAGGCGUAAAGAUAGAUUACGCUGCAAUCGUCGAGAUUAUGAUUCAGCAGCUUGACGAUCAACACGAUGUGAUCCAGCAAUGUACCGCUCUGCGCUGGUUAUCCGAAUUCUUGAUCAUUGUACAGGAUGUUAUGGUAUCUUUCACCCCGCGGCUUAUUGCUGUAGUACUGCCAAACCUCUCCCAUUCUGUGGCCAUGAUACAAGCUGCAGCAAACCGUACCAACAAACUACUCAUGAAUGUCACACAAGCGCUUCCUCCACCAUCUGAUGCACCGACCAGACAGAGCACCGACAAAUCAUCUUCUGCUGCUUCUCAAGUCGCACCCAGUUCCCCCAUCACCACGACGCACUCUCUCGCGCCAUCCAGACAGUCGACGGUGACCAGAGAACCGAUGACAAAUCGAGAGGGAAACUCUCCUGAAUCUCCGUUUGACAAUGUGCCUCUCAUGACAUCUGAUCGUGCGUCUGCAACUUCCGCUGCGCGGUCGCGCAGCGUGAACCACCAGGCCGAGCUGACGCGAGCUAAUACGACUGGGUCGUCAUCGGACACCCAGCCUACACAAUCUCACACCAGCCGACCUGGCUCUCCCACUUCUGCCGUCAGCAUCCCACAAGCACAACAAUCGCCGGAAGCCUCAAUGUUGCAGGAGAAAUCUGAAGCUUUUGACUACCAGGCCACCGUUCUCGCUCUCACAUAUCAAUUAAUGAGUGAACACGAGGAUACACGUGUCGCUGCAUUGAAAUGGUUGAUCAUGUUGCAUCAGAAGGCGCCAAAGAAAAUUCUUGCGAUUGAUGAUGGCACCUUCCCAGCACUACUGAAGACCCUGUCCGAUGACUCUGAACAGGUGGUCAAGAGCGAUCUACAGCUAAUCGCUCAGAUCUCCUCCAGUUCAGAUGAGCGCUAUUUCAGAGGGUUCAUGAUCAACCUGCUGGGUCUAUUCAGUACGGAUAGAGAACUAUUGGAAUCUCGAGGGAGUUUGAUAAUACGGCAGCUCUGCCUGAACCUCAACACCGAGAGAAUCUAUCGUACAUUCGCUGAAAUUCUCGAGAAGGAAGAGGAUCUAGAGUUUGCCAGCAGUAUGGUACAGAAGCUUAAUAUGAUCCUCAUCACCUCUCCAGAAUUGGCGGACUUCCGUAGGCGGCUCAAGAGUCUUGAGACUCGUCAAGACGGCCAAGCUCUAUUCACAACUUUAUACAGAUCGUGGUGCCACAAUGCCGUGGCGGUAUUCUCGUUGUGCCUUCUCGCACAAGCGUAUGAGCAUGCAUCCAACUUGUUAUACAUCUUAGCCGAUCUCGAGAUCACGGUGCAGCUGCUUGUGCAGAUCGACAAACUGGUCCAGCUCAUCGAAUCGCCCGUCUUUACAUACUUGCGCUUACAGCUCCUGGAACCUGAAAAAUAUCCGCAUCUGUUCAAAUGCCUGUAUGGCCUCUUGAUGCUGCUACCUCAGAGUUCCGCAUUUGUUUCGUUAAGGAAUCGGUUGAGCGCAGUGAACUCGGCCGGAUUCCUCCAUAUAGCCCCCAAAUCAACGGUCGGGAACAUCUCGUCGACACGAUCCAAGAUCGGUCGCGAUGAAAUAAAAUGGCAAGAACUUCUGUCGCAUUUCCGACAGAUGCAGGGAAGACACGAAAAAGCGCGCAGGCAAGCGCUAGGUACCGACAGCACCGCAUUCACUGCCCUCUCCAGCGAGGACAAAACAGCUGCGUUGCCAACACCGUCCACUCCAGCGCCCCCAUCGUCGGUACGCCCGACCGUACGUCGGAAAGUCACGGGUGGAGAGGGGCAGGUUCGGCCACCUUCGCGGUCAUCAGCAGUAUUAUCUCCGCUGAAUCCGAAGGCUCGCGGGCAGACUGGCCUGCUAGCUGCGACAUUGGCGCAUCCACCAAAUAGCCCUACGUUCGCAGGUCAGACACAGUCUGGCCAGCCACAGCGAAAACCGAGCCUUCAACGCAAAGGCUGAGGAUGACGACCUAUAUUCUUCGAAACUCUGGAUUACGACUUUAGGGCGAUAUCAUAAGACCGAUCAGUGAAUAGACUCCAUCACGUAACGUCAUGAACAAUACAUAUACCUUAUGAUACAGUAUCAUUAUGUACAUUGGGUGGUUAUAUAUAAUUACCCACACAGUUCGCUAGGCGUAAGGCGAUUUAACUCUAGCAUUCGGAUUGAGGUAUCAGAAGAUUAUUACGGACUGUGUCGAUGUCCUCAUCCGAGAGCUGCGCGUGUUGUUUCAGAUAGUUCUCGAUGCCGCCGUAGCGUUUCUGUAAUAAUUCUAAAAACGAUAGCAUCGUUUCGGAGCUAGUUGAAAUAGUUAUCCAGUGAUCAAACGCGG